UUGCAUUCUAUGUUCUUUCUAUCUUCUCUCUCGUUUAGCAUGGUGUUGAAGCUUUCGAGCUGCGUGUUCUACCGGAUUUUUUGACUAUAAAGAAAAAUUGAAGAAAGAACGAUGUUCACUGCAAAUGCUAAAAUCAUAAAGAGUGGGGGCGCCGAAGCCGACCAGUUUGAGGCCAGUAUUUCACAAGCUCUUUUAGAGCUAGAAAUGAAUAGUGAUCUCAAAUCACAAUUGAGGGAGCUUUAUAUUACUAAGGCAAGAGAAAUUGAAACCAACAAUAAAAAGUCAAUAAUUAUUUAUGUACCAAUGCCAAAAUUAAAAGCAUUUCAAAAAAUUCACACGAGAUUGGUACGCGAGUUAGAAAAGAAGUUCUCUGGUAAACAUGUUAUGUUUGUAGGAGAACGAAAAAUCUUACCUAAACCAACUAGGAAAACGCGUACAAAGAAUAAGCAAAAGAGACCAAGAAGCCGCACAUUGACUGCCGUCUACGAUGCACUUCUGGAAGAUUUGGUCUAUCCAGUUGAAAUUGUUGGCAAACGCAUUCGCGUUAAAGCAGAGGGCAAACAACUUAUUAAAGUUCACUUGGAUAAAAAUGAGCAGACUAACAUUGAACAUAAAGUUGACACUUUCGCCUCUGUUUAUAAGAAACUGACAGGUCGAGAUGUAACAUUUGAAUUUCCUGAAUCAUAUGCAUGAUUUCAUAAAAAAUAAAUACUAUUGAAAUAAUUCCAACAUA